ACGACCCCGUCGGCAGCGCUUCAGCACCGCGCGCCCUGGACAGCAGCUCCUCGGGACCUCAAACCUGCGGAGAAAAGUGACACAGAAAUAUUUUAAUAUCUUUUUUUUUUUUACUUUAAGGAGCUGUAACUUCACACCCUCAGAGGACGACAUGGAUAUUGAUCGACCAGCUAAUGUGUCCUUCUUUGAUUUCGUUGGAGGAGUUCAGCUCCUGCAGGGGGAGGACACCCGGACAGCCAUGCCUGUCAUCCUCAUCGGGAUCUGUGUGUCCGGGGCGGUGGGGAAUUUGCUGGUUUUGCUGAUUUUCAUCCGUGACUUUAGAAACGGAAGGGGCUCAGAGGUGAAGGCGCUGCUCGCCUCUCUGGCCUCCACGGACUUGGUGAUCCUGCUGCUGUGCGCCCCCGUGCGCGCCGUCACCUACUACAAGCAGACCUGGACCCUGGGGAGUUUUGUCUGCAGCACCACGGACUGGUUCCAGCACUCCUGUGUGGUCGCAAAAACUUUAAUCCUGGCGGUGACCACCAGAGCCAAACACACGCUGGUCCCCAGCGCCGCCACGGGGCCCCUCUACAGCCCGACGUGGAUCCACGGAGCCCUGGCGUUCAUUUGGAUUGUGUCCAUGAUGUUUCCGAUUCCACAGAUGCUUUUCGCCACUUUGGUGCCGCAUGGCCGCGACACCAUCUGCGUCUCUGAGAUGCCGGUGUGCGCGUCUGACUUCAUGCGUUUGUUCUACAAGAUUUAUCCCACCGCCACCUUCGUGGUUCCGGUCAUCUUCACACUCGCCUACUACACCAAAGCGCUGCACACCGCGGUGAACCACGCGCCCAGCCCGCAGCACCAGAGCAAAGUCACCCUGGUGUUACUGUGUCUGAGCGGAGCUCUGGGGCUCAUGCUGCUGCCGGAGUGGGGCACUUUCACCUGGAUCAGGCUCGGGUACAACAAACCUCCCGUGGGGCUGAUCAUCUUUGCCCAAGUCCUCCUUUACGCAUGCAGCUCGCUGUCUCCCGUCAUCUUAAUGACCAUGUACGAUGACGUGCGUCAGGGACUGAUCACCAUCUGGUUCAUCGCGACCUGCAGAGGCUCCAAACACCCCCCCAGCAACAAAUGCCCCAAAACGGAGGGUAACGGAGCAGAGGUCGGGGCCAACGCCGUGGCCAACGCGGUGUCACAGGAGAAGGAGAAGACGUUCCCAGAUGUGGAGCACUUUUGGACAGGGCGCAGGAACACGCACGUGGAGGAGGAGCAGGACCCGGUGCCGUGGGAGCGCGAGGAGAAGAUGUUGUAGUGAAUAAGAGUUGAACUUGUUGUCAGCAGCAGGUGUUAGUGUGUGGCCCCACAGUGCAGACCCUCGGCUGUUUGAUUAGAUGUAAAUCAUGUUUUGAUGUGACACAUGUUUCUGUCAUGUAGACACCUCCAUUAGAGGAGCGCUGUACCAACAUGAAGCCAGUGUAAAU